AUGCAUCCCGGCCCUGCACAGGGCGGAACACAGACGAUGGCGGUGGCCCCAGUGCGGUCCAACGUGCACGAAUGCAAGGCCGAACUCGACAAAGCCCCGCUCGAGCGGUUCGCGGACGGGCUCCUCUUGGCCGCGCCGCCGCAGAAGCGCGCGCUCGAGGCCGCGUGCGCCAACAUCGGCGCAACGACCGUCACAAGCGACUUGACUGAGCGCGAGGCGCACACGGCGCUCCAAGUGCUCUCGAGGCCGCCUCGCUCGGUGCCGCUCGAUCUCAAACCACCCGUGAGCGAGAGCAAGCUCGUCGCGGCCCCGGUCGCCGCGCAGGCACGGCCGGCGCCGCGCCCGGCUCGGCCCGCAGAGCACGCUGCCUCUGCUGCGCCCGCGCACGCCCCGGCGGUCCGCCACGCGGCGCCCCCGCCGCCCGCGCCGGCCCAGGUCAUCGACGACGACGACGAGGACGCGCUCUUCGCGGACGUCGACGUCGACGCGCUCGUGGGCAUGCACCAAGCGAGGGUGGCGGCGGCAAUGGGCCACGGCGCGGGUCCGGUCGCCACGCCGCCGACAGUGCCGCGCAACGCGGCACCGCUGCCGAGGCACGAUCCGCCCUCUUCCUCGGGCGCGUUUCCGGGACGAAACGACCGCGCGUGCGCGCCGCCAGCGGAGCCCAACGCACACGGCUCCACGCCCGCGCCGCACCGGACGCUCCAGGGCCAGCUGCAGGGAGCCCUCGAGAGCCUCGUGAGCGUGCUGGAGCGCAUCGUCGACAGUCGCGGCGCCCUCGAGCAAGAGCUCGCCCCGGAGCGGCGCGCCGCGAAGGCUCGCGUGGUCAACUUGCAGCACGCGCUGUCGGUGGAGCAGCGCGGCGGCGCGGCGACGGGGGCGGGCGGGUGGGGCGCCGACCAGCCGCAGCACGCUGUCCCCGUCCCCGCCGCGGUGCCGCGCGUCGUCGGGCCGCCCGCCGUGAGCCACGCUCCGGCCCCGAUCGCAGCAGCACCUGCGCCUGAGCUGCGGGCGCCGCCCGCUGCGCUGGAGCCGUCCCGUCCCGCGCCGAUCGACCGGCCCCUCCUCCAGCACGACCACGGCGGCCUCCUGCGCGACGGCGACGACGGGGACGGCGCCGGGCACGCCCCGGCGGCGCCGAUGGCCACAACCGAGGGCGGCGCGGGCCCGCCCCCGCGCGACCCGAGCCUGUGGGAGCAGCACGCGCAGGCGGCCGACGACCGCGCGAUGCAGGAGCCCCCUCGGCCGGUGUGUUCCACGUGGAGCCGCGACGACUUCCCGUGGUCGCGCGAGCUCCAAGAGCGCGCCCUCAACAUCUUCGGCAUUCGGAACUUCCGGUUCAACCAGCGCGAGAUCAUCAACGCGACGCUCGCCGGGCGCGACGUGCUCGUGCUGAUGCCCACGGGCGGCGGCAAGUCGCUGUGCUACCAGCUGCCCGCGAUGCUGAAGGACGGCGUGACGAUCGUGAUCUCGCCGCUGAUCUCGCUGAUCCAGGACCAGAUCUCGCAGCUGCAGGACCUGGGCAUCGCGGCGGCGUGCCUCAGCGGGAGCAACCCGCGCGACGCCGCGGGGGGCCUCGCGGCGGACCAGAGCUCGAUCUUUGCCGACCUGCGCACGGCGAACCCGCGGCUCAAGGUGCUCUUCGUGACGCCGGAGAAGCUGUCCGCGUCGGACGCGACGAAGAACCUGUUCAUGCACCUGCACAAGAACCGCAAGCUCGCGCAGGUCGUCGUCGACGAGGCGCACUGCGUCUCCAGCUGGGGACACGACUUCCGCCCCGACUACAAGAACCUGUCGUGGUUCAAACGGUGCUGCUGCCCGGAAGUGCCCGUCAUGGCGCUGACGGCGACGGCGACGAAGCGCGUGCGCGUGGACGUGAUCAAGCAGCUGCACAUCCCGGGGCGCAACUUGCAAAUGUUCGACAACAGCUUCAACCGCCCCAACCUCCGGUACCGCGUCGUGGCCAAGGGCGGCAAGGGCAAGGGCCUCGAGGAGAUGAAGAAGAUGAUCGAGAACGAGUUCGUCUACCCGAACGGCAACUUCAUGUCUGGCAUUGUCUACUGCCUGUCGCGCCGCGACACCGAGGAGGUCGCGCGCGAGCUGUGCAACGUGCGCUCGAAGCGCGGCGUCCGCCUCAAGGCCGAGUUCUACCACGCGGAGCUCUCCCACGACCAGCGCUCGCGCGUGCAGGCCGAGUGGUCCGCGGGCACCAUCCCGGUCAUCUGCGCGACGAUCGCGUUCGGCAUGGGCAUCAACAAGCCCGACGUCCGCUUCGUCAUCCACCACAGCCUCUCCAAGUCGCUCGAGGGCUACCUGCAGGAGUCCGGCCGCGCGGGGCGCGACAUGCGCGUGGCGGCGUGCGUGCUGAUGUACUCGGCGGCCGACACGCUGCGCAUGCGCACGAUGAUCACGCGCAGCGCGGAGGAGCGCGGCGCGGGGAAGGACGACCCGCAGCUCCGCGCGAACCUCCAGAGUCUGGCCGCGAUGGCGUGGUACGCCGAGAACAAGGUGGACUGCCGGCGCAAGAUGAUGCUGUCGUACUUCGACGAGGCGUUCAGCGCGGAGCAGUGCCGGCGCACGUGCGACAACUGCGCGGGGCGCGGCGCGAGCGAGGUCGUCGAGGCGGACCGCACCGCGGAGGCGCUGGCGCUCCUCGCGGCCGUCGAGGAGAUGCAGGAGCGGUCGGCGACGGUCGCCGACAUCAAGGCGACGUUCCUGGGGUCGCAGAACCGCGCGAUCAAGGCCGCGCGGUACGACCAGCUGCAGUGCUACGGCACCGGCCGCGGCACGCCGUCGAAGACCGUCGACCUGCUGAUGUGGCGGCUGCUGACGUUGCAGAUUGUCAAGGAGGUGCCGCACGGGGUGACGACGGGCGGGGGGCACUACGUGGUGUCGACGCGCGCGGAGCCCGGGAAGGCGGCGGAGAAGCUGCGGUCGGGGCAGCUGAAGGUCACGCUGCCGGAGCUGUCGCGGGCGCGCACGGCGGGCGGCGCGGCGGCGCGAGACCGGGCGCGGCCUGCGGCGCUGCCGACGCAGGACAUCAUCGAGGACAGCGACGAGGAGGAGGCGGUGCCUGGGAGCGCGAUCCCGGACGUGGACCCCGCGCUGGCGCGCACGGGGCACCUGUGGAUGAUCGCGUGGCGCAACGAGAAGGCGCGGCGGGACCGCCUGAACGCGUCGCUGAUGCUGCGCGACCAGUGGUGCGAGAAGAUCGCGAUGCGGAUGCCCGCGACCGAGCCGGAGCUCCUCUCCAUGCGCAUCGAGAACCUCGGCAUCGAGAAGCUGAAGAAGUACGCCAGGGACAUCGUGUGGGUCCUCCAGGAGGCCCGCAAGGCCUACGACGCCUCGGGACGGGCCGGCAGCGAGGUACACCCCCCGGGGCCUGUCGUGCCGCCCUGGGACGCCGAGGGCGGUGGCCAGCGCGCCAGCCAGGCCAGCGACGACGACGACCUGUGCAUUCUCGUCGCGAAGAAGAAGCGGAAGCGCUCCUCCGAGCAAGGCGCGGGCUGGCACGGGCAGCAGGCGUGGCGCCAGGGCGGGCCGGCCCCGCCGCACGGCGGCGGCGGCGUCGUGUCGCGCGUGUGUCGCGAGGGGGCGGCGCCGUGGAACGCGCCGGGGGGGGGCGCUCCGCCGGGGGACGGGUGGACAGUCAAGCCGUCCGCCCAGGGACAGCUGCCGCUGGAGCGCAGAAGGCCCUGA